UAAGGAAGGAUAACAAAGAAAGAGGAGACUAGUUCUUAAGCGAACAAGAGAAGCAAAGGAAAAGAGAAAGAAGGAGCGAGCAGAAUAAGGUGUCUCUCUUGGACUGAUUCGCUUCAAUCGCAUCUCUUACCUUACCACUCUCUCAUCUCUAUUCAUUUAUCUACCUUCUAUUUUCUUCUCUUCUCUUCUCAUCUCAUCCCACACAACACACAACACAAACAAAUCAAACUUCAUGGCCGUUCAAGCUCAAUAUCCUUCCAAUCUUCUCUUUCUAAACAGGAACAACGGCCAAGAACUCCUUCAGUAUUCAUUGCAACAACAACAACAACAACAAGGUCCCCUUUUAAACCAACCCCAUAUGCUAUACACCGACGACAACAACAACGACAAUGGAACAGGUAACAACGUCAACGACAACAACAAUUCUCGCAAGAGAGGCAGAGACGACGCCACUGUUGCAAACAACACCACACCUUCUAAUCUUAUUAAUCCCUUCUCUUUACAAUCCCAACCUCCACAGCUUAUUCAUCUCUCUCAGUUACAUAAUCAUCAACAGAAUGUCGUCUCUACUGGUCUCCGCUUAUCCUUCGAUGACCAACAACAUCAACAAAAAAGGCUACACCUUCAUCAGAAUCAUUCUCAACAACUCUUACUGCAUGCCUCUCACUCUUCUGCUUUCUCGUCUCUAUUGUCCCAAGCCUUGGCUUCUCAAAUCAAACAACAACGUGAUGAAAUUGAUCAAUUCCUCCUCGCCCAGGGAGAACAACUGCGGCGGACAUUGGCGGAGAAAAGGCAGAAGCAUUACAACGCGCUGCUGAGAGCGGCGGAGGAGGCGGUGGCACGGUGGCUCAGAGAGAAGGAGGCGGAAGUGGAGAAAGCCACCCGCAAGAACGCAGAGCUGGAAGCACGGGCGGCCCAGCUGAGCGUGGAGGCGCAGGUGUGGCAGGCCAAGGCCCGUGCCCAGGAAGCAACGGCGGCCACCCUCCAGGCCCAACUGCAGCAGACCAUAAUGUGUCAGGGCGGCGAGGAAGCGGCCGCCGGCGUAUCGUGCGCCGUGGAAGGGCAGGCUGAAGACGCGGAGUCUGCCCACAUCGACCCAGAGCGCGUGGUGUUAGCCGCGGCGCGUCCUAAAUGCAGAGGGUGCACGAAGCGCGUGGCCUCGAUCGUGGUUUUGCCGUGUCGGCACUUGUGUAUCUGUACAGAAUGCGAUGCGCAUUUCCGAGCGUGCCCAGUUUGUCUCACACCAAAGAAUUCAACCGUUGAAGUUUUUCUCUCUUAACAGCAAACCCUCUGAAUUUACUUAAUUACCCUCACCCUUUCUUUGUCCAUAGCACUGCCAUUCAAACAGGCACCAAAACAAACUUCCUCAUCAAACAAAAUAUAAAUAAAAUAAAAAUUACAUUUUUGUUCC